UCAAGUUUUCUGUGUAUUUGCCUGGUAGCUACCUGUUAGCUGUGUUUUUCGGUUGGGAGUUAGCGACUCGCGCUCAGAGACGGGCUAAUUAUCCGGCCGAAGUCUCAGCCGCGUUGAGGGUUAAAGCAGGCAGCUAGCCACGCUAAUGCUAGCUACUACAACCCACCCCGUGUGUGUUUGCGUGUGUAUGUGUGCCAGCGUCUGGAAGGGCGUACUAGUUUGACGUAUUCUGCCCGAAGUCUUUUCUACAUUUCUUGAAGUAUACGGUACGUAGCGUGGACGUGGUUUUUCCUUUUCGUAAGCUGCACAAUAUGAAGGGGGGCACGCGUUGCAAAAGCACAAAGACGACGAACCACAACUAAAGAGGAUUAAAAAUCUGCACGGUCUUCAUGGGGAAAAGUUGAGCUGAGGAUUAACAACCUGGGAAAACCGAAGAGAGGCUUCGAGACUUACAAACAGCGCGAGGACAUGCUAAAACCCCAGUGAUGGAGCCUACCGUUGUGAGUACAUCCACCGUGGCCCCUGAUGAGUUUGACAGGAAUGUGCCACGGAUCUGCGGCGUGUGUGGCGACAAGGCCACUGGCUUCCACUUCAAUGCCAUGACCUGUGAAGGAUGCAAGGGCUUUUUCAGGCGCAGCAUGAAACGCAAGGCCUCCUUCACAUGUCCCUUUAACGGCAGUUGCACCAUCACCAAGGACAACAGGCGUCACUGCCAGGCAUGCCGACUCAAACGCUGUGUGGACAUUGGCAUGAUGAAAGAGUUCAUUCUGACGGACGAGGAAGUGCAGAGAAAGAAGGACCUGAUUCAGCGGAGAAAGGAGGAGGAGGCACAACGUGAAGCAGAAAAGGAAGCACGGAGACCGAGACUCACAGAUGAACAGAGUCACGUCAUUGCCACGCUGGUGGAGGCACACCACAAAACAUACGACGACUCCUACUCUGAUUUCUGCCGCUUUAGGCCUCCUGUGCGCGAGGGCCCAGUGACGCGAAGCGCGAGCAGAGCUGCCUCCCUCCACUCCUUCUCUGAUGCCUCCUCUGACUCCUUCAGUCACUCUCCAGAGUCUGUUGACACUAAAAUGAACUUCAACAACCUGCUGAUGAUGUAUCAGGAACACGGCAACAGCCCAGACUCCAGCGAGGAGGAAGGCUCCAGCUUCUCGAUGCUUCCCCACCUGGCUGACCUGGUCUCUUACAGCAUACAGAAAGUGAUUGGCUUUGCCAAGAUGAUUCCCGGUUUCAGGGAGCUCACUGCAGAGGACCAGAUUGCUCUGCUCAAGUCCAGUGCUAUCGAGGUGAUCAUGCUGCGGUCGAAUCAGAGUUUCAACCUGGAAGACAUGUCCUGGAGCUGCGGUGGGCCUGACUUUAAAUACCAGAUCAGUGAUGUCACCAAAGCGGGCCACACCCUGGAGCUGCUGGAGCCUCUGGUGAAGUUCCAGGUGGGUCUGAAGAAGCUGAACCUCCACGAAGAGGAACAUGUGCUGCUGAUGGCCAUCUGUUUGCUCUCUCCAGACCGUCCAGGUGUGCAGGACCACACGAGAAUCGAAGCUCUCCAAGACAAGCUGUCGGAGACCCUGCAGGCCUACAUCCGGCUCCACCACCCGGGCGGACAGCUGCUGUACGCCAAGAUGAUCCAGAAGCUGGCCGACCUGCGCAGCCUCAACGAAGAGCACUCCAAACAGUACCGCUCACUGUCCUUCCAGCCGGAGCACAGCAUGCAGCUCACUCCGCUGGUGCUGGAAGUGUUCGGCAGCGAAGUCUCUUAGAACCCGCCGCCGAGAACAUCAGCAGCGGGUUGUAAAACGGACGGAGAGAGCCGAGAAUGUGCUGGAUGGACUUUAAGCUGACGUGGGUUAUGGAGCAAGAGGAGCAGAGAAAGUGUAGUGCGUGUGUGUGUGCGUGCGCGUGUGCGUUGGUGUGUGUCUUCAUCUCUGUAACGUCUGAAGAAGUGUGUCUUGUUGCAAAGGCCAAGCUUGUGCGGUGAGCAAGCAGAUGUUAAAUAACAAGGGAAUGUCAUGUACUACAAACUAAGCUAUCCACAGGACAUUUGCCUAUAUAUCUAUAUACAUGUUUUUCUACUUAUUUAAUUCAAACCGCUGCUUUAAGAUGCCUGGACAUUUUGACAUUUUGUUGCGUGCACGUGUUGUGUGCACCCAACUUUUCACAACAAGCAUCCUCAGUUAUACAUUUAGCCAUUCAGUUCAGCUACCUCUUCGUUUUACUGGGUUAUUUUAUAACUACAUCACCUCGGUGAAAGAGUCACUUUCACACAGACAGUUUGGAUACCGCAUAUCUCUAGUUUACCAGUGCAUAAGCAGUGCCUGCACACAACUUUGAAUCUUUGGUCAUCUUGAAAUUGUUUAUUUUUUAUUUUUAUUUUUUUGCUUCUUUCCAAGGCAACAUAUGAAAAUGACUCUGCACAAUUUAAACACAUGCCUUUCAAACUUUCACCAAAGGUAUGGUCAAGUAAUCUAGAAACGGCUUCCAUUACUGCUGCUCCAUGGUUUGCUUUCCUCAUGCAGCCACUCUGCAAGUUGACUCUAAUGAAGGAAACUAUCAUCAUACGGAUUUAUACUGCAAAAUCCAGAGCAUUCUCUGUGAUUUAGCCAGGUUUUUUGUUAGGACUUUGAUAAGGUGGCUGGGUUUGAGGUGAGAAUUAGCCACUAGUUGCAUUAGCUAUUUUUACACUGCUAAUUAUUGAUCAAACCGAGAUCUCUUAAUGGCUUGUAACUCAUCAAAGUAUCUUUGAUUAAUCUAUGGUUUGAUUGUUUAUUUCUGUGUUUAUACAUCUUGCUAUCUCAUAUAUUCUAAGCACUGUUAAGCCACCACCCCUCUGCAUCCAGUAUAUUAUCACAGAUGUUUAAAGGGCUAACAUGCCAAACCUAACUGGAACUGUAAGCGGAGGCCAAAGCUGGGGGCCUAUCUUCUUGUUUAUAUAUAGCUGCAUACUUUACUUGGACUUGGCAUAAAUAUGGAAAUAAUUGCAAUAGUUGUUUUUUGCGCGUUUCGUGUCAUUUCGCCUAUAAAAAAAAAAACCCAAUUCCAUGAAUUGUUCCUAUCCAGUAUGCCGUGAGCUCAGAGGGUGGAGAGCUUGGGAAGCUGCUUCGGACCUCCACAAAAUAUCACACCCCUUUCGUUUCUGACUGGGAAGUGGAUUUUCUAGAAUGUCCGAGGGCCGGGUGGUUGCAGAGGUGCUGUGCACCUCCACAGCCUGGCCCUCCUGUUUGAUGUUGUAUGCUGCGCAGCCCUCUAGUGGCUGCAUCCUGUAAAUACCAGGUAUAUAAAUAUUUACAUAUAUAUUAAAAAUAUAUAAUGUCUGCCGCUGUACAUAGGGCUACAAGGAUCCUGAAGACUUUUUUUUUGUUUUUGUUUUCCUGCCCCAGAAAGAAAUAUGCAAACACAAUUUGAUUCUGAUUUAUUAACACUUUAUUUUGAAGCACUCUGUUCUGUGUUUGUUUUAUUGUUUGGGUAUGUCCUUCAGUAGGAAAGAUCAAGAAAUGGCUAAAACAGGGAUUGCUUGUGUGUUGGACUGAUUAUCAUCUGUUUGGUGUGAUUUCACUUUGCAAUGUAAAUUUUUAGUAAGAGGAUAAGCUGCUCUCAACAUAUAAGCCAUAUAAAUUGCCAAGUUACACCUGCUAUAUUAAAGUACAUCAAACUGAUGACUCUGGAGACCCUGGGAAUCAUCAUGUCCUUAGCUAAAAUGGUAUUUAUGAAUGACUUUAGAAACAUAAGCUUGUGUAUUUAUAGGAAUCUGCCUCCUCUCUGCUGUAAGUCGCCUUUGGCUAAAGCUUUGCCAGACAGCAUCUAACGACAUAUAAACUAAACUGCCAAGAAACUUAAGCAUUUAAGAACUGAGGCCAGUGUUGAGAGGCUACAUGUGGGAUUUAGGUUUGACCUUUAAAGAUGACAUGUCCUUUCUGUUGAAGCAAGUCUCCCAAAUAAGUCAUUUUCACACGUCUCUACAAUAGCAGUCCAUUUAACCACAGACAAAUUUGCAGACAAAUAAGUCAAAGGAAAGAAAACAAUGUCUUUUUGUCUAUUUAAGCUAAGAGUGAACCACCACCCCAUGUCCAACAAACAAGACCCUAGAAAAGUCUCCACACUUCUUGAACCUUCGGAUUUUGUCACGUUACGGACACAAACUUUCACUUGUUUGAUUUUAUAAGAGAGACCAACACAAAGUAGAAUAUAUUUGGGAAGUGAAAAAAUUUUAUUAUUAUUAUUUUUUGAUGGGAAAGAAAUUGGUGUUGAACCCCCCAAAAAUCCAGUGCGCCUGUAUUUAGCUUGAUCCAUUUCCCAUCAUGUCCUCCUCAGCAUCAAGCGAAGAAAGACGUUACCACAGCAUGAUGCUGCCACCACCAUUUUCCACCUACGGGAUGCUGUGUCCCAGAUGUAAGUUGUUUGCCACACAUGGCGCUUUUGGAAGUAGGUGGAAAAAGAAGCAUUUUGGUCUCAAGCCACAGUAGCACCUUCUGCUACAUAGUUUACUGUGUGAUUUCUUUCCACUUCUCAAUUGUGUGCAAUUUUGUGUUGGAAAAUUCAAGUUUGAGAUUGUAACCUGACAAAUGUAAAAAAAAAAAAAAAAAAAAAGAUAAAAGAUACAGUGGGUGUUUUCUCUUUCGCCAUUAGUAGGUAAAUGUAACUACAUAAGGAAGAUGGCGAAGGAAGAGAGCGCCCAGUGUUGUGGAGACGUCUCCAUACAACAGUUGUUGCUUUGAUCGGUUCAGCCCAGUUUGUUUUUUUUUAAAUACUCCACACUGAUGAAAACCGUUCUAAGUCACUGUGACUUUGUUUCAGUCACUGUGAUGCUCUGCGAGCCCAUAGUCGGGGCUCAACUUUCAACCAGCUUUCAUAGCAAAAGUUAAAGCCGCCCUUCAAUAUACCUUGAUUAACAAAAAAAAAUUAAUAAAAAAAAUCACGUUUAACUUUUAUUUUGCAUUUGAUUUGACGUGCCCUACAAACGACCCUGCUGUGAUUGAACAUGUUGGGAGUUAAAGCUAGAUUGUGUUUAGGUAGUACCACUCGUGUGUGUUUAGUGUCAGUCUAAUGAAGGGUGUGUGGGGAGGGGUUAUGAUGUGCUUGGUUACUGAAUACUGGCUUUUGAAGAUUUGAAAGUCUCCCAUGUUCAUUCCCCCCCCCCCCCAAUUUUGUAUGUCAAUGUGGGUUUGAUUUGUUUCUUUUUCUUUUGAGAUACAGUGUUGAUUUGUGUGUGUCUGGUAGCGUGGGAGGAUCAGUGAAUGUGUAAGUGCCACAGGGAGAGUUCCCUCCACACAAGAACAGGGUAACAGAGGAGUUGCACUUGUGGAUUUGACAACCGAACAGGAAAGCUUGCAAGGAUGUAUUAUAGCCACUAAUUAAACACUAAAUAAUUUUUGUGCUCAGUACCACAUGGCGUCAGGGGGGGGGGGGGAGAAAUCCUCUUGUGCCAUUAAAUGUCUGAUUAUUUUCUUUUACUUUGUCUUUUUCUCUUAUUUAAUUUCCCUCAAAUCACACCAUACAGUAAAUGUGAAUAUGGUG